AUGUCAAAUACUUCUGAUAUCACAGCAAUUCAUAUUCAUCAAUUAGCUAAUUUGAUACACCUCAAGCUCAGAGAUGACAACUUCAUCACCUGGAAAUCUCUGUUGAUGCCGGUAAUUCGUAAGUUUCAAAUUCUUUCUUUUCUUGAUGGAUCUCAUGUUUAUCCAUCUCAAUUCACUGGUCGUGGUACAAAUCAACUUGAAAAUCCUCUGUAUGUUGCUUGGUGUGAUAAAGAUCAAACUAUAAUUUUGUGGAUUCAAUCAACAGUUGCGGAAGCUGUGAUUCCAUACUUUGCUGGUGCUACCUCUUCACAUGAACUCUGGCGUAAUAUUGAGUCCAGAUUUGCAAGAACCUCAACAACUCAUACAAUUCAGUUACGAACUCAUCUUCAAGGUAUUAAACAAGGAUCAAAAUCUGUUUCUGUAUACUUGGACGAAAUCAAGAAAAUCUCCAAUGAGUUAGCUGCUACUGGGUCUAAAAUUUCAUAUGAUGAACUUUUUGUUGUCAUCUUAGGAGGUUGA